AUACAUUUACAGAGGGACAGACAAAGCUAAUCCUCCUCUUAAAGCAAGAAGGAAAAUGGUAUCCCAAAAACUUCAAAUCCUGGGCCUCGUUCUGGCACUUAUUGGUUUUGUAGGCAUCAUUGUCAUCUGUGGUUUACCAGCCUGGAAGAUGUCUGCUUUCAUUGGAGCCAACAUUGUGACUUUCCAGGUGUAUUGGGAAGGCUUAUGGAUGGAUUGUGUGGUUCAAACCACAGGCCAGAUGCAGUGUAAGGUCUACGAUUCCCUCCUUAUUCUUCCUGUACAUCUGCAGGCAGCUCGAGCCUUGAUAAUCAUUGCCCUUGUUGUUGGAAUCUUUGGAAUUAUCGUAACCAUCAUUGGCGGCAAAUGCACCAGUUUUGUACAGGAUGAGAGUGCUAAGGCUAAGAUCGCUGUCACUAGUGGGAUGAUCUUCAUCAUCACAGGGAUUCUUGUGCUCAUUCCAGUGUGCUGGACCAUAAAUGCUAUUAUCAGGGACUUUUACAAUCCUGCCCUUACGGAUGCCCAAAGGAGGGAACUGGGACCCUGUCUGUAUAUCGGCUUCGGAUGUGCUGCACUUCUCAUUGCAGGUGGGGCCCUCCUCUGUAGCUCAUGUCCACCAAAAGAUGACACUCCCUAUCAUGUGAAAUACUCUCAGCCCAAAUAUACAGUGAGCAGCAGCAAAGUUUAUGUCAUUCGCUUACUUAUAGCCAAGUAUCACAUUCACAACAGCAAAGUACGGCUGAGCAAAAUGGUGUCGGUUGGGUUGCAGAUGCUGGGCGCUGCCCUGGGUAUCAUUGGCUGGAUUGGUGUUAUUGUGGUCUGCGCUCUCCCUAUGUGGAGGGUCACAGCUUUCAUUGGAAGCAACAUUGUCACAUCGCAGAUCCAAUGGGAAGGCAUAUGGAUGAACUGUGUAGUCCAGAGCACAGGACAGAUGCAGUGCAAGGUAUACGACUCCAUGCUGGCCCUGAGUUCAGAUCUCCAAGCUGCACGUGCUCUCACGGUCAUCUCCAUCGUGGUGGGCAUCUUCGGCAUCCUACUGGCCAUGGCUGGAGGAAAGUGCACCAACUGCGUGGAGGAUGAGAACUCCAAGGCGAAGGUUGCUGUGGCAGCGGGCGUGGUCUUCAUCAUUUCUGGGGUACUUUGUCUCAUUCCUGUGUGCUGGACUGCCCAAACAGUCAUCAGGGACUUCUACAACCCACUGGUCAACCAGGCACAGAAGAGGGAGUUGGGCGCAUCGUUGUUCAUCGGCUGGGGUGCUGCUGCUCUGCUGAUCAUUGGAGGAGGUCUGCUGUGUGCCAGCUGCCCACACAAUGACAAGCCAGCAUACACAGCCAAAUACAGUGCUCCUGCUCGCUCCCAGGCCUCUGCACCCUCCACCAAGGACUACGUUUAAGAAUGUCAAACAAUGAUUGUCUUACCUGCACAAGUAUGGAGCAGUUGAAAUGAGGACUUGAUGGACAAUUGUAAGAGUUAAUGUUACUGGAUUUUAUUUCUUUCUUUUUACAUAUUAACAGCAUGCAGUAGAUACUACUGCAUAAUGUUAUGCCAUAAUGUUUUCUUAACUAGAUGAUUGUUUUUACAAUAUAAGAUUGUAAUAUUUUAAGCUUGUUAAUUUUUUCCUCAUUCUCUACAUUUUAAGGAAUUCAUGAUAUUGUAAAUAAAUAUUUUGUACAGUAUAUAUAUCAUUGUUCCCUCAGCUAUCAAAACAGGAAAAAAUAAUAAAAUCAAAACACUUGUCUAUCAUGGA